CUGGGACGAUAUUCAUCUCUUACGAAUUAUUCGGCCUCGAGACAGAGACAUCGACAUUUAGACAGAGAGAGGGAGAGAGAGAGAGAGAAAAAAGAUCAGACGAGAGCACAAGAGAAGAAGACCGUGGAGCUUUUUUCUUGCUCACACGUCGGAGGAGGAGAAGAAGAACGAGAUUUUUGCCAUUUGGCUCGCUUUUAGGUAGAGAGGAGGAGGAGGAGGAGAAGAAAACGGAUCUCCACACGAGAGGAGGAGCCGUCGACGGAAGAGGUGGUAGAAGAAGAAGAAGGAGAAGAAGAAAACACGUGGUCGCGGUGGAGUGUUCUUUGGCGGUCGGCGUGGUUGGUGGUGGUGGUGUCGGUUGCGAUUUGUUCUUUUGUGGGAAGAGGAGAGUUGUGGGAUUAUUGAGAAGCGGGGAAGAGAAAAUCUGUGAGAGUGUAGAGUGACAGGAGUGCGUGCUUUCUUGAACGGCAAGGAAGAGUAUUUUUUUUCUAUAGCGCACAGUCAUGUGUCGUCCACCAGAUGUGACGACGCCCUCCAUUCUCCCAAUCGGGAGAAGGAGAGAUGUGAACCCGUCCUCAUGGACGCCUGAUCCUCGGACCAAUUGGGGCGCUCCUCCGCCCCAGGCUGCCGGAAGCUCUUGGCCGUCAUGGGUGGAGUUUUUCAACUACCCACAAGCAGGAUUUCCGAAGGACGAUGUUUGUGCAUCAAAUGUGAUCGACGCAGCACCUUUGGGCUCUCUUUUGGCUUCUGCUCUCGCACAGCAAGAAGUGCCGAAGACAUGGCAGCCACAACCAAAUUGGGCUACGCCGCAGUCGAACUCGUUUUACUGCGACACCCAAGCUAUGCUUUCGUCGUAUGGUGGUGGUAUGGAUGGUGGUGCUGCACACUUGCAGUCGACACAGGGUCCCGCAUCCGAGAUGGGAAUCGCGACCACAAGCUCGAUUGCGGCGACCGAAGAGCCUCUGUCUUUGGAGGGCAUGGAGAGGCUCAAGGAAGAGGACAAGUCGCAGGGAGGGCCUUGGGUCGAGGAGGUCAUCCAGGAGGGUCGUUUAGAACAGGACACUUCCGCCAAGAAAUUGUGCAAUCCCUCCCCCAAGAUUGCGAAAGCCGCAUGCCAGAAGCCUAAACCGGCAGUACGACCCGGAGUGAAGAAGGAGACGACGAGUCCGAAAGAUGUAUGCAUGUUGGAUUCCGACAUGGAGGGGUCGGAUGACGAUGGAGAGGGAACUCCUGUCAUCAGCGAGAAGCGCCGAAAGAGGAUGUUGUCGAAUCGGGCUUCCGCUCAGCGUUCAAGGCAGCGUCGGCAGGAGAGACUCGAUACGCUUGAAGUGCUGGUUGCACAGCUCCGGGUGGAAAAUGCCGCGCUCACGCGCAAGGCUAACAGUGCAGUAGCCACUGCGAAGAAGUUGGAGCAUGAGAACAAGGUACUCCGAGAGCGGUUGGAAUCGAAAGAUCAAAAUCGAGGAGGUCGGGACCAAAACUCUCGGCUCAAGGAUGCUUUAGACACCGAUGAUCAGAGUCUUCAGACGACCGGAGGCAACAGUGCCGGAGUAAAAUUACCAGAAACUGGGACAAUCUCAAUGAAGGCUCGAACUGGAGACAGCGACAGUUCUUCCGAGAAUAGCGAUCCAAACAAGCAAGACGGAGAGCAGAGCGUGAAUAACACUUUGAAUAAUGUGAACAGCGCAAACACCAACAACGCGCGGUCGACAAGUCAAAGCUCGAAGAAAUCAAAGCGUAGCUGCGAAGAUGCUAUGGAGAAAGAGUGGAGCUUCAACUCGAGCUUCAGUUCUGUUUUCAAUUCAGAAAACAUGGAACAGGCCGGGAAUGCCACGUGCAAGAUGUCUAAGCAGAGAAGCGCACCCCGCCUUGGAGUAACGCCCGAGUAUUCGCAAGAUUACGAAGCGAUGAAGGGUGUGUCGGUGAUCUUACCGCAAACCCCAGCCUUCCAAGAGCUGGCAGAGUUCGAUAUAGACCUCGAACAUAGCCCCGAUAUUGACAAGAAAUUACUGGAGUCGGUGGAGGAGAUCUGGAUGUUCUCGGACGACGUCUGCUUCAAAUAAACUCAUAUGCUGAAGAAACGGAUGAGUCGAGAAGAGAAGUAAUGAACUAAUCACCGACCAAACCACCUCAAACAUCAUACUUCCUCUCGCUCGAGUUAACUAGUAGGGAAAUCGUAAGUCAGUGCCGUGUUUCGAAGGAGUUGCGAACUCUUUCAAUCUUUUCCGUGAACUAUACACAAACGCUUGUCCAUCGGAUCCGUGCCACAAAUAACGGACUUGGAUACUCCAAUUUCUUCGGUGUCUUCAUAUUGUAGAUGUACUGUAAUUACUAAUAGUGGUCUUUGAUUCCUGGUUGUCAUGUCACCGUCCCAUGCUAACGGAACUUGUAUAUUGACGAGAGAAGUCACUUCAUUACAAUUUUCUGUUCUGUCGCUC